AUGUCGACUAAUCUAAUCAUAUAAAAAGCAAUCUAAAUCAUAUGUACAGUACACAGAAUCAUUAUGCCCAACAGUUACCUACCCUAUCAAGCACAAGCAUUCAACAGCAUCAUAGUACAGCAUCACAGUACUUUAAUAAAGCUACAGACUAUACCCUGGAUAAUCAUAAUACUACUACUACUAACUACAAAAACAGUAGUAUAGAUGAGGAUAGUAACAAUAAUAACAAUAAUAAUAUUGAAAAUGUUUCACACAUGUUUAACCUACAAGAGAAGCAUUUAUUAUCUGAUAAAAAUCAUCAUCAUAAGUCAGCCUACUCGCCUGGGAAUAAGCACAGUUUAAUGCAGACAUCAUUUCAGCCAACACUAAGCCCCUCAAGUAUGACAACAAUGAAGGGAGACAACGAGGGUAAACAGUCAAACGCCUUCACAGCAUUGAAUGAUCCUCAUCAACGUUAUCGUAACAAUAAUAAUAAUAAUAAUAAGGCGUUAUUUCGAUGUAAACUAUUAACAAUAUGCAAUUUUAUAAUCACCUUAUUAUUAAUUGGUUUUGGUAUUGCCUUGUAUGUACGCUAUCGUGAAUGUGAUGCACGGAUUGGAUUUAUUGAACAAUUGAUUGGCAAUUCAGAAUAUUAUGAUGAUAAGUCAAUGAUGUCAUCAGCAGCCUCGACAGUGUAUCCUUUCACAGAGAAAUUCAGUGAAGAUUCACCUGUUAACAAGGAUGCAUAUUCUACGCAUAAACCAUCCAUAAUUGGUUAUGCUAAAAGUAGUAAAAUAUGGCCAGCAUUGAAUAUUGAAAUGUUUCAAAAAGUCUGUCGUGGUCUAUCAAUUGAUUGUAAUGAAAUGAAAUUCUACGAAGGCAAACCAGGACCUCCAGGACCUCCAGGAGAACCUGGCAGACCUGGACCUCCAGGACCACAAGGACCAAUGGGACCUCCAGGACCACCGGGUCAACCAGGCACACCAGGUGAAAGAGGACCUCCAGGUGAAACUGGUCCACAAGGACCACCUGGUUUACGUGGAUUGAUUGGGUUACAAGGUCCAAAGGGUCCACCAGGACCAGCUGGACCUCCUGGCAGAGAUGGCAAAUCGAAUGCAUGUAAUCUUAUGUGUGAGAAAGACACCUUCAGAUAUGCUAAAGGACAGCCAGUGUGUGAAGUAAAGUGUACAGAAUCAGUUGGUUAUAAAAAAGAACAAAACUAGAAGAUUUAUUUAUUAUUGGCACCGCUUAAAUUGAAUAUACUGAAGACGGAUUCAAUCGGGAGCAUCCUUUACAUUCAUUAUAAUUACUCUAUCGAAAACAAUCCAGCGCUUAUAAACCCCCCUGGAUGCACAAAAAGAUCUUCUCAUGUGUAAAAUAUACAGUAACACACAUGCACACACACACACUCUCAACUUUAUUAUGUACUCCUGGAAUCUUCUCUUUUUUCUCUUCUCCACAUAGGAUACUUCACAGAAUUGAAUAACAAUUAUGUAUUUCAGAUCAUAUUUCUAGGCUACAUUAUUUCACUUGAUAACUUGAUAACAAACAGCAAUAAAAUUCAAAUCUGUAUACUAACAUUAUUGUUAUUAUAAUUCUGAAAACCUG